AUGGUUCCUUUGGAGAUUAUGUCUUCCGAACCAAAGGACGACGAGAUGUGGAGUAGCAUAUUUGCGACUGUGUGUGGCCGGAACCUCAAUCACGACAUGGAGAGUAGAAAUGAGGUUUCAUCAGGGGUCCUCUUCGGAAGUAGACGGAGGGUUAGCAACUAUACGGAGUCGGCACCACAGUUACAUUUCGAUGAGAAUCUCUCCGCACCAACCAAAGAUCAGCAGCCACACCUCUGCGUUGGAAAGCUCAGUGCCGGUGGCAACCCUCCCUGA